UUCAAGACAGAACAUAUUUAAACGGCUAACGUUAUUAUGCUUCCUGCUCAUCACAAGGCUUCUCCCUCCGCGAACUUUGAGAAGUGCGAUGGCUUUUUUGUUUCGUUUUCCAAAAUUUCAGACAAUGACUUCGAUUUCGAGCAUUCCCUCGCAUCUUGCUGACUCGCGGUUCGGACAACUUGGUUGCUACACCGACGCCGAAACCGACGUACGGCCAGAAUGAAAGAUGAUUGUGCUCGUCAUGAACAGAAAACAUGCGAUCCUGUUCCGCAAAUGCUUCGCCACGCUUGUUCCCAGCGUCGUCAUCCCGUUGCCUACCGUGGCAAUCCCAUCUUUCUCAGCGCACCGUAGAGAAGAGGAGACUCUCACCGGCCACUUCGUCUCUGUGUUGGGGACCUGUUCCGGCUCUUGCCAUCUCCAAAGAGGUAAGCAAGUCCAUGCCCAGUCGGUCGUUCGUGGUAUCAGCAGGUGUGGCCUUCUGGGCCCGAAGCUCUUGGGCAUGUACGUUCUCUGCGGUGACUUCUUGGAUGCCAAGGACUGUUUUUAUCAGCUUGAGGAGGUGCGGGGUUCUGCGCCGUGGAAUUGGAUGAUCCGAGGGUUGGCCGAGUUGGGCUGGUUCGAUUUGGCAUUGUCGUUCUGCUUCAAGAUGUUGGGUUGUGGGAUUUACCCCGAUAGGUAUACGUAUCGGUACGUGAUCAAAGCUUGCGAGAGUCUGAGAAGGGCUGUUUCCUAUAAACUGGUUCAUGGCAUGACUGACUUGAUGGGCGGGGAGGUUGAUAGGUUUGUUGCUAGUUCGGUGAUCAAGUUCUAUGCGGAGAAUGGCUACAUAGCUGAUGCGCGGAAUACGUUUGACAAAAUGCCUCAUAAAGACUGUGUUCUAUGGAAUGUGAUGCUUAAUGGUUAUCUGAAGAAUGGGGAUUUGCAGAACGCUGUGGGAGUGUUUUUGGAGAUGAGAAGAGGUGUAAUAAAGCCGAAUUCGGUAACAUUUGCUGGCAUUUUGUCGGUCUGUGCCCCGGAAGGGAUGAUUGGCUUGGGUGCUCAACUCCACAGUCUUGCUUUUAGAUGUGGGUUAGAGUCGGAUUCUCUGGUAGCCAAUACAUUGUUGGCAAUGUACUCAAAAUGUCGGUGCUUAAAUGAGGCACGCAAGUUGUUUGAUUUGAUGCUGUGGCAUGAUGUGGUAACAUGGAAUGCCCUCAUCUCUGGAUACGUUCAGAAUGGACUAAUGGGUGAGGCUCUGUCGUUGUUCAUUGAAAUGUUAAAUCAUGGUGUCAAACCAGACUCUGUUACUUUUUCAAGCCUUCUUCCUUCAAUUACUGAAUCGGCAAAUCUGAAACGAGCAAAGGAAGUCCAUGGGUAUGUUAUGCGAAAUGGAGUGCCAUUGGAUGUGUUCUUGAAAAGUGCACUAAUUGAUGUUUACUUUAAGUGUCGCAAUGUGAAAUUGGCGUCUGAGAUCUUUAAGCAAGAGACAGUCAGUCAUGAUGUAGUCAUCUACACAGCGAUGAUUUCUGGAUAUGUUCUUAAUCGUAUGAAUUCAGAUGCUAUAGAAAUCUUUAGGUUGUUACUUGAUAGAAAAGUAAAUCCAAAUUCAGUAACUCUGGCCAGCAUUUUACCCGCUUGUGCUGGUUUGGCUACUUUAAGACUUGGGAAGGAAUUGCAUGGAUACAUUCUCAAGAGUGGUCUUGGAAGCGGAUGUUUUGUUUUAAGUGCAAUUACAGAUAUGUAUGCAAAAUGUGGGCAAAUGGAUGUUGCUUAUCAAAUCUUUAGGAGCAUGUCUGAGAAGGAUGUCGUGUGCUGGAACUCAAUGAUGACAAACUUCUCCCAAAAUGGGAAACCAGAAGUAGCUAUCCAACUCUUCCGCGAGAUGGGGUUGAAUGGAAUCAAGUAUGACUGUGUUAGCAUUUCUUCUGCUCUCUCUGCUUGUGCAAGCUUACCUGCACUCUAUCAUGGUAAAGAGAUCCAUGGCUACAUGACAAGAUGUUUGUUUUGCCAUGAUGUCUAUGCGGAGACUGCACUCAUAGACAUGUAUGCUAAAUGUGGUCACCUGGAAUUUGCUCGCUGUGUGUUUGAGACGGUGGGUGAGAAGAAUGAAGUUUCAUGGAAUAGUAUGAUUGCUGCUUAUGGAAGCCAUGGUCUCCUAAGGGAAUGUCUCUCGCUGUUUUAUGAAAUGCAAGAUAACGGUAUCCAGCCUGAUGAUGUCACAUUUCUGACUGUAAUGUCUGCUUGUGGUCAUGCAGGCCAAAUUGAUAAGGGAAUACAGUUUUUUCAUUGCAUGACAGAAAAGUACGGGAUUCGAGCAAAGAUGGAGCAUUUUUCCUGCAUGGUAGAUCUAUUCGGACGAGCUGGUCGCUUGGAUGAAGCUUUUAAAACCAUUAAGCGCAUGCCAUUUUCCCCAGGUGCUGGUGUCUGGGGGACAUUGCUAGGUGCCUGUCACUUAUAUGGCAACGUUGAUCUCGCUGAAGUAGCUUCAAGACAUCUUUUUGAAAUGGAGCCUGAAAAUUCUGGAUAUUACGUGUUGUUUUCAAAUUUGCAUGCGGGUGCAGGCCACUGGGGUGGUGUCCUUGGUGCACGAAGUUUAAUGAAAGAAAGAGGAGUUAAAAAGGUACCCGGAUGCAGUUGGAUUGAGGUUGACAACAUGACCCAUGUAUUUGUUGCAGCUGAUGAGACUCACCUGCGAUCUGCUCAUAUCUACUCAAUGCUGGAAAUUCUUCUGUUAGAGCUGAGAAAAGAGGGUUAUGUAACUCAACAGAACAUUCCAAGGCACCCACAAACCGAGGGGAUGUAUGCACUUGAAAAGGUUUCAUUAUGCCAGAUUCAUUCGACAUAAGUUGGAACAGGGAAGUAUAGAGGCUUGUUGGCCAUUACAAAUUGCAUUACCGGUCUGAAGGUCGUGCUUUCACAUUGGCCAAGGAAAGUUCUUGCAGGAAUAUGCAAUCUGCUGGAAAGAGUUAGCAUCUAUUGGUUUGGACAAUAUUGAGGCCUAUUGAUAUGCCUAUAGACCACGUGCUGACCAUGCCGGAUUGAGUGGAUACAUCUCUUGGACCACUAUAUUUGUGGAGACACUUCAACAACAGUCAGCAUGACAUUUGUGGACUGCUUGCACAAGGAGAAAUUUCUUCCAGGCAUUAAAGUUGACAAUGUUUAUUUGGAGGGUUGCUACUUUUACGUGUCAACAGUAAUGCUAAAUAGUUACUAAUGCAUUCAUUGUAGGGGUUUGGUUCAUCUUGUUGGCUGGAUCAAGUAAUGAAUCUUUGCCCAGGCUUGGAUCAAUUGGCUUCGGAGGAUAAUGGUCUUUUGCCCGUUGGUGAACCUGAGAUUAUUCUUCAUGGGGACAACCUAAUUCAGAGGACUCUCCAAGUGGCAUAAAAGGUUUUGUCCUGGGGAUUGCUUUGAUUUGGCUGAGAAAGAUCUUAUGUUUAAGGGAGUCAUGCUGAACACAAAGAGAAGGCUUCUCCGGAAAGGUGAUAGCACCCUCGCAACGCCGACGAGGAGAGUUCCUCCUGCUGAUCCAGGAAUUUUGAUAUGGAGGCAUAAACUUGCAAUCAUGUGAUGAACUCAUGUGGAUGAUUUUAUGUCUUUCAUCUUUUCUGAAAAAAAUCUUAACUACACGAACAACAAUGCGCCGUGGGAAAUAUUUGCCUAUGCCCGUCCAGUUCAUUGUGAACACUGC